AUGCUCGUCGAGCGCGACAAGUUCCGGUUCGCGUACGAUGAGCUCCGGCAGGACAGCCGCGAGUGCCCCGUGCUCGUGUACGUGUCCACCGCCGAUGUGGACUCCUGCGCGGCGUUCAGCAUCCUGAAGACUAUGAUGCGGUCCGACGGGAUCCCGUUCAGCGCGUACCCGGUGGGGGGCUACCAGGAGCUUCAGAACCUGGGCGAGCGCCUCCCCAAGGAUGGCAAGAACCGAUCCAUCGUCCUCAUCAACUGUGGAGGCACCGAAGACGUCGUCACACUGCUGGGCCUUCCCGAGGGCACGCGCGUGUUCGUGUUCGACAGCCACCGCCCGCUGAACCUCGAGAACACCCGCGCGGACAACCGCGACGUCCUCGUGCUGCGAGACGAGAAGGAGGGCGAGGAGCACUUCCCGGAGCCCGACUCCGACUACGGCGAAGACGACUCGUCCGACGACGACUCAUCCGACGACGACGAUUCAUCCGACGAGGAAGAAUCCGAGGCCGACGAGGACGAGGACGGGGACAAGGAGAACUCCAGCGGGGGGAACGAAGGCGACGCGAACGACGAUGACGAGCGCGCCGCGAAGCGAAGGCGCAAGGCGGAGAAAGCCGAGCGACGCGCGACGCGGAACCGCAUCGCGUACUACUCCCGCGGUUCCUUCUACGGCCGAGCCGCGGGCUUGCUGAUGUACGACAUCGCGCACGACACGCACAAGGAUUCCCUCGAGAAGCAUCUCCCGCUCUGGCUGGCCAUCGUCGCCCUCACCGAUCAGUACGUGCAUCAGAGGCUUUCGCACGAGUCGUACACCGCCGGGGUCAUGGAGCUCGCCACGCAGGUGAGCAACCUGCCCGGCGCGGACGCCCCCACGUCGCGCGUGCUGGACGAGGGCGUCGUGGUUCGAGCGUUUGAGGAUCGGAGGAUCCAGUACGCCGAGGAGUUUCGGUUCUCGAUGCUCAGGCACUGGUCCCUGUACGAGGCCAUGCUGCACUCGCCGUACGUGGCGACCCGCAUGCAGACGUGGAGGGACGUCGGGCGUCAGGCGAUGAACUCGCUCCUGACCCACAUCGGCCUGCCGCUCGAGGUUUGCAAGCAGCAGUACUCGCACAUGAGCCCAACGCACGUGAAGAUGCUCGGCGAGAAGCUCGAGGAGCACGGCGGCAGCCACGGCCUGACGGACCUCAAGUUCUGGUCCUUCUCGUUCUCGCACGGCUUCAAGGUGAAGCUCGCGGCGUCCGACGUCGUGCACGGGGUCACCGCGCUGCUCGAGGGGCUCCCGUCCACCACCGGCGCGGAUGAGGACGCGGAGGGUGACGACGGCGAAGGCGGCGGCGGCGGAGGAGCCGCGUUCUGGCGCGCGGUCAACGCGCUCGGCAUGACGCGGUCGGACGAGAUGUCCGCGGGUCUCGGGCACGCGAUGCGCGCGCAGCGGGCGCUCAUGCGGCAGGGCGGACUGGCGCUCGCGAACAAGGCGGUUAUUCGCACCGUGGGCGGGUUGCGAUACUUUUCGCUUCUCGACCACGGGUCCCCGGCGGAUCUCCCGUACUUUAAGCACCCGCUCUCGCUGCGUAGGCUGGCGCUGUUCCUGCAGGACGCGCUGAGGACCGUGAAGAAGAUCGAGCGUCCCCUCGUGGUCGUGGGGCCGUGCGUGGAGGCUGAGAAGGGCAUGGCCAUGGUGGUCGGAGUCACCGGUAAACCCGUCAACGACGACACCGCGGGUGGAAACCACUUCGCGCACUCGUUCCGCAGAGCAGCGGAGCACAUACGCGCCAAGUUCAGGCACGAUUCGUUCGAGGCGUCGGUGUUGACCGUGUCGGAGAGGAACCUGGGCGAGUUUAUGGAGUCGCUGUCGGAUUUCGACGCCGAACGGUUGGCGCGCGAGAGGAUGGCGGCGGCGUGA